GCAGGAAAGACAGCCAUCUUGCACCAUCCCUCUUCCACCCAGAAAGUAGGUUGUCGUGGGAAGACGUAAUCAGCGAAAACGGCGAACUCAUAAAUCCCACUACACAAUCAUUCCCUUGUGUCAGCACACCAUACCUACUUAAUUUCCACCGACUGAAAAAGGGGGCAUCGAGGGUCGACUGGAGCAACGUUUCAGAAAAGCAAGGCCACAGAGAGGCGUUUGACAAAGGCACUGGAUGGAUAGCAUCGACGCUGAGACCCUCUACCUGACCACAGCACAGCACGGGCAACCUCAAUGUGAGCUUUCCCUUCCUGCUGUGGAAGUACCUGCCCUUGGCGGAACCAAGAAAAUGAAUGGGUCUCUGGACCACCCAGACCAGCCCGACAUUGAUGCUAUAAAGAUGUUUGUGGGUCAGAUCCCCCGGAUGUGGUCAGAGGAUCAGCUACGUGAGCUGUUUGAGCCCUAUGGUGCAGUCUAUGAAAUCAAUGUUCUUCGGGACAGGAGUCAGAACCCCCCACAGAGUAAAGGUUGUUGUUUUGUCACAUAUUACACCCGUAAAUCUGCGUUAGAAGCACAAAAUGCCCUUCACAACAUGAAGAUUCUUCCAGGGAUGCAUCAUCCCAUUCAAAUGAAGCCUGCAGACAGUGAGAAGAACAAUGCUAUAGAAGACAGAAAACUGUUCAUUGGGAUGAUUUCAAAGAAGUGCAAUGAGAAUGACAUCAGGCUCAUGUUUUCUCCUUAUGGUCAAAUUGAGGAGUGCCGCAUACUCAGAGGCCCUGACGGACUAAGCCGUGGCUGUGCCUUCGUCACAUUCACUGCUAGACAGAUGGCCCAAUCUGCCAUCAAAUCCAUGCACCAGUCACAGACAAUGGAGGGCUGCUCUUCUCCCAUCGUAGUGAAGUUUGCAGACACGCAGAAGGAUAAAGAACAGAAACGUACUGCUCAGCAGCUGCUGCAACAGAUGCAACAGCUCAAUGCUGCCUCCAUGUGGGGAAACCUUACAGGACUGAACUCACUGGGGCCACAGUACCUUGCACUUUAUUUGCAGCUUCUACAACAGUCUGCAUCCUCUGGAAAUGCACUCAACAAUCUCCAUCCAAUGUCAGGUCUGAAUGCCAUUCAGAAUCUGGCUGCAUUAGCAGCAGCAGCGAGUGCUACGCAGGCAACACCCACAGGUAGCAACGCUCUGACCACCUCCAGCUCCCCCCUCAGCGUCCUCACCAGCUCAGGUACGCCCUCCGGACAGCACGCUCAAUCUGCCUGGGACGCCUACAAGGCAGGCUCUUCUCCCACCUCCAGUAAUAGUUCAUCUGUGAACCCCAUGGCAUCUUUAGGUGCUCUUCAGUCUCUUGCUGCGGGCGCUGGAGCAGGUCUCAACAUGAGCUCCCUAGCAAGCAUGGCUGCUCUGAAUGGUGGUCUGGGCGGUGGGGGUCUCUCUAAUGGCUCUGGAAGUACCAUGGAGGCUCUUACUCAGGCAGCCUAUUCUGGCAUCCAACAAUAUGCAGCUGCUGCUCUGCCCAGCCUCUACAGCCAGAGUUUACUGUCCCAGCAGAACGUUAGUGCAGCCGGGAGCCAGAAGGAAGCAAGUCACAGUCAGAGCAUGGGCCCAGAGGGGGCAAAUUUGUUCAUCUACCACCUACCACAGGAGUUUGGUGAUCAGGAUCUGUUACAGAUGUUUAUGCCUUUUGGUAAUGUUAUCUCUGCCAAGGUCUUCAUCGACAAACAGACCAAUCUUAGCAAGUGUUUUGGCUUUGUAAGUUAUGACAAUCCAGUUUCGUCCCAGGCGGCUAUUCAGUCAAUGAACGGUUUUCAGAUUGGAAUGAAGCGGCUGAAGGUGCAACUUAAACGAUCCAAAAAUGACAGCAAGCCAUACUGAGUGAUUGUACUCUAAUGGACUUGGUUUGAAAAUGUUUUUCUGGUAAGUGGAGUGUGACAUUGCAAAAUUAGAAUGCCCCCACCCACCCUUAACCACCCCUCCUAAUCCUCCUCUCACUUCUCCUGCCUUUCCUUCUUAUCUUCUCUCCCUCUUAACCUUAAAAACAAAGACAACAUGCAAUUUGUUAACAUUAUGAAUUUGUUCCAAGGAGAAAAUGGGUUCUUUUUUUCCCCAGAUUUAUAUAUGAUUGUUUUUUGUUUUUCUUUAGUUAACCUAAAACUUUUUUUUUUUUUGUGCCAUAUUACAAGUUUGCUGUGUAUAAAUUUUGUGUCAAAGGAUGUUGCAUAAUGAAAGCCAGCCUGUUAGACUGCUUUCAGUCCUUUAGACUGUUGAUCACCACGGACAGGCCCCUGUAGAUGUUCUUCUGUGUUUACACUAGACUCUUGUAGUACAUUUGGACAGUAUGAUGCUGAUGCCUCCGACAAAGCUGCCUUUUUAGAAAACGAAGGAGGUCUGCUGCAUUUGGUGCAAAAGAUAAUCAAUCACCUGAAUAUUGUUUUAAGCAUCUGGAAGGUCAAGCUUCACUCCACUAGACUGUUUUCAUGGAUGCCUUUUUUUAUUUAAUUAAUUUAUUUCACUAAUUUAUUUAUUUAUUUUUUAUGUAUCUGUGUCUUCACAAUGAGGGUAAUGUAACAUUUCUUUAAAGUUUUAUGUUCUGCUGAAAUGCUCGGCAAACAACAAUCAUGAUGGUGCAUUAUGUUUGAAUUUAUUCAUAUUUCACAUUUUAAAAACACAAACACUAAACACAUUUAUUAUAUCAUAUGCUGAUUCCGAGAUGGUGGUUAAACAUUCAGUAUUGGUAGAUUGCUCUAGAUGCUACACUUACACUCAGGACAUUUUCACCAUUCUGUCAGACCAAAACUUGUCCACUCUUGCCCAUUAUUCUACUCUUUUAGAUUCACCUGGUACAUUAUCUGAUGAAUAUUGAUAAGUGAUGGAGUGCAGUUUUCAUUUACAUUUUUUUCUUAAAGCCUCAAACUAAAUCAAAACCUUUUUGACCCAAUAUUUGUAACCUUUGAAAAUGCGUUUCCGGCAAUUGUUGAUGAAUCACACGUGAGCACAUAUGGUUUUAAACUAGCAUUUCGAAAGAUUUCUUGAGCCAUCCUUAAAACACACAAUCACUAGAUGGCUUUUAUUUUGGUGGGCAUGUGAUAUUAUCCUACGCCUCUGUUCAAGAGGUUGGUGUUGAAGCUUUUAGCAAUAUUUGCAUCCUUUGAAAAAAGUGAGCGAUUGAGUGAAUUUUGAAAAGAUAUAGCCAAGAACAGAAAUGCUUAAUUCAUGGCAACUUAAUUGUCAGAAUUAUUUCCUAACUUUUUAAUGAGUAUUAUUCUCAGUGUUGCAAGUAAUUUCUUGUGCCCUCAUAGCUGGUGUAUUGAGACUAGCCCUGCAAUCCCGAGGUGUUCAAUCCAGUUAAAAUAUAGUGCGUUUAUGAGUUAUUCCAUGCAGUUUAAAUUAGUUGAUGGCAGUAAAUAAGUGUUAAUCAAAUGUUAAUGCCAAUCUGAGUCCUGCAGGUUCGUGAGGUGAGAAGAUUGUUUUUAUGGAUAUCGAGAAAACAUUAUCCAGAUAGUGUUUAUUACUUAAUUAUUAUGCCUUUUCUAUUUUUAUAGAGGUUUUGUAAUAAGUGAUUUCUCUGAAUUCAAAACAGUUGUUUAAAAAACAAAAACCUCAAAAGAUUCAACACUGUUUUUGUAGAAUUCUAAUGUGAAGUUUUGUGAAGACAUUUCACAGAUUGUUUAAACAACUGAUGUGUGACCCUUUUCGCUAGCUGUAAUGUAUUGUCUGUUUAGUCAAAAUUGUAUCAAGAACUGUCCAGGCGUAGCUGGGGUGUUUUUGAAAGUCUGAAGCAGAUCCAUGGUUCAGUUUUAAGUUAUUACUAAUUUAAUCAUUUCAGUUGUUUAAUGUCUCUAAACUAAGUACAUUAUAUACAUGUGUAGUGAGAAAUGCUGAAAUGUUUUAUCUCAAGUCAUUUGUGUUUAAUUUCCUCAGAACAGAUUUUGAAAUCUGAAUCCCAAUAAGUGAAAAUUGUUAGACAAAUUUACCUCAAUAUUGUUAUCACUGUUUGACACUUGACACGUGUAUUAUCAAUUGUGCUUUUUAUUUUCAUUCAUGAAUUGCAAAUAAGCCCAUUUUGUUAUUCUCUCAUAUCCUCACUUUCUAUUCUUUCACAAAGUAUGGACACACUUCUCGAUAAUAAGAUCUGCUUCCUCACUGGGAUUUUGGGUACUAUUGCGAUAUGCCAGUCUGUAUGCCUUUUAAGUUUGGUACAUACGAUGUUACAGAAGCUUUAGACUGAACCCAGGUGUUAAGCCCCUCUUGAAAUGUUUAGAUGGUAGUCCAGGGAACGGCCAGUCCCUGAUUUGUGCCUCUAUUAACAUAAAUAUGAUAUACAUGCAUUAUAAACUGGUGGAAAAAAAAAACAUGGGAUGCCCUUGCACCACUGAUCACCAUUUUGAAAAAUCCAAAGAUUUGUGUGAACUUGUUAUAGGCUGGGAUUUUUGUUUGUUAGGCAGAAUCUCUUCAUAGUUUUGUUACAUUUUAACAAGAGCAGAAUGACUGGCGUUUGUAUAACAAUCUGCUGAUUUGUGCGCCUUAAAACAGCUCACUUAGUGCAGAGUAGUUUUGUGCCAAACACAUCAAGUCUUACAUUUCUGUACACAUUUAAUAAUACUCUGCUCACUUUGUCACAUCAUGCUUAUCCAGUUCUUGUCCUACGGAGUUAAAUUUACUUAAAUUGUAUCCAUUUGUAUAACCAGGUGUUUUGUGUGACUAAUAGCUCUAAAUAUGCAUUAUUCCGUAGUCCCACACAAUUCAAGUUGAAGCACAAAAUAAAAUGACUCUUUGAAAGAGCUGAAACAUUGAAGCACAAAUUUUUUUUUUCUUUUUUGUUUUUUACCCUUGAUCUCAAAUUAAAAUGUGGUAGUGUGGUGUUUAACAUUUAAGGAGCUUAAUGUGUUUACUUUAAAAUUAGAUGUUGCUGAUAACUUUGCUGUCGAGGAAUCAUCCUCAGCAAAGUAUUCAGUUGUUCUAGCUGUAGUAGGCAGGCUGUGUUGUCUCUUGGUGUUUAAUGUUAUUCCCCUUUGUUCACUAUUGUUGGCAUGUUGCUUACCCUUCCCUCUUUCUUCCCACUUUUUUUUUCAUUGUUUCCUGUGUUGCAUUCAACGUUGUGUGUUUAGAUGAUGUGUGCACCCCCAGGCAAAAAUAAUCAUUCAUGAGUUUCUUUUUCAUCCCCUCUCCUUUUUCCAUUGUGCUUUAACCUAGGUUUGUUAUUCGUUCUUUGUUUUAUUCUAGAUAUCUUCGUGCCCGUUUGUCAUCGUUUGCCUAGCAUGUCGAUGUGGCGUCAAAAGUUCAUCGUCCAGUUCGUUGUCCUCUUCGCUUCUCUGACGCUUGAAAUUUCACACUUGACCUUUUUUGUUAACUUUUGACGCUUAUUGAUUACUUAUUUUGUUUGUUUCUUUGUGUGAUGUUAAUUUCUGUCAUUUGUGCUGCCAAUCGGGAGCGUUAGAAAGACUGCUAACAAGUGUAAAGUUUCGUGAAAAUGUUCUGAGCAAAGAGUCUAUUUUUCUAGAACGUUCAAACAACCACUAGAUUUUUGCGGAAGCUUUUAAUUUUCAUAGUUACAUUUCUCAGUUUCUUUAUCAAUUUGUAUUGUUUUAAAGCAGUCUUCCUAGCGCUUCAAAUUGUACUCCUUUUUUGAUUUUGUUGUCUUCUCAAAGCAGCCAUUCAAGUUUAUAGAAUCACUUUUGUGUGUUCAAGUGUGGGUGUUUCCCUUUCUUUCUCUCACGUGUUCUAAACCUUUUAGAGGAUGUUUAUCGUCACAUUUUGCUGACAUUGAGGAUAAACUUUGUAAUUUUGUGUUAGGUUAGUUCGCAUGAUGUAAUUUUUGGGAGUUUCUAUUAGCAGAGUGACAUUACAAUAGACACUUGAAUUGCCUUUUUUGUGUGUCGAGCCAACACAGGCACGUUUUUAUUAUUUCCUUAUUGUGUGAAAAUCAGGAUUGGUCUGAAAUUAUAAUAAAAAAUGCAUAGAAUGAGCAGAGUUGAAUUUCUUGUCACAGGUAAAUAGUAAGCAUGCAUGUUUUUUUUGUUUGUUUUUUUUAAAGUGCACUGAAAUCCUCAGCAAAAUGUGAUUUAGUUUUGUUUCAAAAAGUCAAGAUAAAUAAAGAGGUGCCAAAAGUUUUGCAUGUUGCUGUUGGUUACAUUUUCAGUACGUUUCAGAUCAUGCUUAAAACUCCGGCUACAGUGAUAUUGGUCUAAGUUUAAUGUGAUUUAGUAUGGUUUAAAGUGAGCUUUUAAAGAUGUAUUCAUGUUAUAAGAAUAGAAGUGGUUUACAAAUGAGUCCAAUCUCUGAUUAAAUAUAAAUUAUCGUGCCUACUGCUGCAAAAACAUAUGCUCUUAAGAUGUAUUGUUCAGUUAAUGGGGAUUUGUUACAACCGAACAGUAAGUCUAUUUUACACAUAGCUUGCAAGCAUUCUUUUGCAUUUUUCCCCUCAUUCUGACAUUUAUAUACAAGUUGUGACUGAUUGGUUGUGACAACUGCAGCUUAGCCCCACCUAAAGCCUUUAGUUUGGUAUCCAUCAUGUGCAUGUCUCCAUGCAUGAAGAGCUAAAUUUGAGAUUUGUUUUUUCAUGUCCCCUUUUUCUUUUCUUUUUUUAUGCUGACAGACUUAAAUAAAUUGGGGUUGAGGUGGUUGACAUUUUCUGUCUAGAUUUUAUGCUGCUGUUUUGUGAGUUUAAUUGUACUCUGAGGAUAUUUCCUGUGGGAUGUUUGUCAUUAUUGGUACAGAGUGAUUGUAUUUAGAUUUGUACAGAUUUUGCCUUUUCUACUUCAAAGGUUCUGUUUCACAUUGUAAAUCCCAAUAAGUAGAGCAUGUAGACCGUAACACCAUGACCAAACAUCAGCCUGUACAAAAUAGCCAAAAAGGAAAAAAUAAACUCCACAAAACAGCCUUUAACUGAAAUAAAAGAUUAUUUUAAAGGUUUGUUUUUUGUGUGUGUGUGUGUGGUUUUCAUUGGAAGUGUAGUGAGUGCAGAAUUAAUUAGAUGUCUGAAACCGUGUGCUCUGAAUGUUUCCUGAUGGUUUAUUUCAAGUGUGUUUUAUGAGGUUGGUUAAGGAUUUCACACUACUGUCUCUACAGAAAUAUAGUCAAGUGGACACCUAUGAAGCAAUCUAGUAGUUUUAGUUUAUGUACGAUUAAACUGUUUGAAAAUA